CUAAUAUUCAUAUAGAAUUUAAUAUCGUUAAAAUGCCUACCGAAAAACCAUUUCGUCAUAGAGCUGGCUCGUUAAAACAAUCCAAUAAACCAUUUAAGUCAAAACAUGCAACCAAAGGAACCAUCAGAGAUAAAACAAAAGGUAAAACUAACAGAAAACCUAUAAAGCAUUCGAGCGCAAAUCUACGCUCGAUUACGAGGGUUGAUAGACGUAAUGCGGCAAAGUUGGAACAACAAAAGAAGAGAGAAGAAGUAUUAAAAGAGAAUAGGUUUUUCGAGGGAAGACAUGGAACUCCUAAAAUUGUGGCCGUGAUUCCAUUAUGCACCGAUGUAAAUUCUUACAGUGCUGUAAAGUCUAUUUAUAGCAGUAUUGGUGUACAAGAUCCACCAAUUUUAAAAGGCGUUGCUCAAUUAAAUGCUGAGAGGUUCAAACAAAAAAUUCAAUUCGUCCUUCUUGAAAGGAAUUUUGUUGAUAUUUUAGAUGCCUGUAAAGUUGCAGAUUAUGUAUUAUUUGUCGUAUCAGCUGAAGUUGAAGUUGAUCAUUUUGGUGAAUUAUGUCUAAAAGCUAUGCAAUCUCAAGGAUUACCUACUGUUAUAACUACUGCUAUGCACAUGGAAAAAAUUCCACAAAAGAAGCGUAAUGAUGUUAAGAAAUCAUUACUUAGUUAUAUGAGAUACUUCUUUCCCGAUGAAGAAAAAAUUCAUUCGGUCGAUCAAAUUCAAGAUGCACUUAAUGUAUUAAGAACAAUUUGCACUCAACGUCCCAAACCAAUUUUGUGGAGAGACAUUCGUCCGUAUAUGUUGGCUGAAGAAUUAGUAUAUGAGGCAAAUGAUGAAGGAACUCUUAAAGUUACAGGAUAUUCUAGAAGUGUACCAUUUUCUGCAAAUCGGUUGGUACAUUUGCAAAAUUUUGGAGAUUUUCAAUUGAAUCAGAUAACUGCUUCUAGGAAAGGCGAUGACGAUAAAGAUUCAGAAGAAAAGAUUCAAGUUUUGCAUGUAGCUGAUCCUGAACUACAGGAUACGCUUAUAUCGGAGAAUGAGCCAAAUUUUAUGGAAAAUGAACAAACAUGGCCAACUGAAGAAGAAAUGGCAGGAAUUGAAGAUAAUAUACUAGAAACAACACCAAAAAAGACCGUGAAACGUGUACCAAAAGGAACAUCAUCUUAUCAAGCAGCAUGGAUCGUAGAUUCUGGAUCCGAUAAUGACGACGAAGAUUAUACCGACGAAGAUGGUGAUAUUAAUAUGACUUUUGAAAAUGACGCGAGGAAACUAUCAGCUGAAGAAGAAAUUGUCAAUGAAAAUGAAGAAGAAUAUGAAGAAAUUGAAGUUGAGACAAGAACGUCUACUUUAAAUGAUCCUAAGUUGGAUCCAGAAGAAGAGGCUAAACAAUUAAAAGAUUACUUGGCUAAUCGUGAGAAACAAAAUCGGGAUGAUCUUGAGUUUCCUGAUGAAGUAGAUACACCUUUAGAUAUUGCUGCUCGUACUCGAUUUCAAAGAUAUCGAGGCUUGCAAAGUUUUCGUACUUCGCCAUGGGAUCCGAUGGAAAAUUUACCAAUUGAUUAUGCGCGUAUUUUCCAAUUUGAGAACUACCAGAAGACAAAACAUAGAGUUAUUAAUGAUGCUGGCGUAGGUGGAUGUGGGAUUAAAGGAGCACGCAUAACAUUGCAUAUACUUAACGUUCCAAAGGAAGUGGCAGAUUCUUAUGAUCAAUCUCGACCAUUCACUAUAUUCGGAUUAUUGGAAAACGAACACAAAACUUCAGUAAUGAAUUUUGUUGUUACAAGAAAUAGUGACUACAAUGAACCAAUUAGAUCAAAAGAUCCACUUAUAUUAUGUUGUGGAUUUCGUAGAUAUUUAGCAAGUCCAAUAUAUUCACAAAAUACACAAGGGAAAGGAACAAAUAAUGUUCAUAAAUUUGAAAGAUUUUUAAAUCCCGGAGUAACUUGCGUUGCAUCAAUAUAUGGACCAAUUCAAUUCGGACAUUCACCUAUUAUGCUUUUUAAAGAUAAUGGAAAUGUUAAUGCUCCAAUUCUCGUAGCUACAGGAAGCUUUUUGAGUUCAGAUCCAAAGAGAAUAAUUGCUAAACGGAUUAUUCUUACAGGACAUCCAUACAAAAUUCAUAAAAAGUCUGCAGUUAUUCGAUAUAUGUUUUUCAAUCCUGAGGAUGUAUUAUGGUUUAAACCUGUACAAUUAACGACCAAAUAUGGACGUAUUGGACAUAUAAGGGAAAGUUUAGGUACACAUGGAUAUAUGAAAUGUGUAUUCGAUUCACCUAUUACGCAACAAGAUACUGUAAUGAUGAAUUUAUAUAAACGUAUAUUUCCUAAAUGGAAUACAACUACACUUUGGAAAGGAGGAUUAGAUGGAACAGUUGCAAAAUCACCUUUGAAUGUUAAAAAAAUAGGAAUUCAAGUAGAGAAAAAUAGUAAUGAAGAAAUUGAGAUGGAAAUGUGAGUGUAGAUAAUCGAGAAUUUUUAAUAAUUUAUACACGUUUAAAUAGUUGAAGUUAGGAA